AUGCCUUGCACAUUUGUCUCCUCUCUGCUUUUGCGAGCCGCCCUCGAAGACCUUAAUCUUAAUCCCGAAGAGCGCGCCACCACAAUUAGCAGCAUAGAACACAUCACAUACAUCGAGUCCCUAGACGAAGACACGGACGAAGAAUACCACGAUUCGGCUCCGGCCUCUCCCAGCAACCUCUUCUCGCCCAUUGAAGGCGACUCCACCACCCCUCCCACGUCUGCAUCCAUUGUCUCUCCCCUCUCUCCCGCGUUUCCGGCGCCUGUACGCACAAAGCGCAAUGCCAGCGGGUCGCUGGACGAUAGUCCGGAGGACAAGGUGCCGCGCCUGCGUGGCGGUGCUGGUGGCCCCGACCACCAUAAUAGACUUGUUCGGGUCGUGUACGACCAUAAGAGUUCCGUCGAUGAAAACGGUCUUCCCGACCGCAUCAACCUUCCCGGCGAAGUAAUUAGGCCGGACGGCGGAGCGCCUGUGCCCGCUAACAGAGAUGCGGCUGCGGCGGCGAACGCCGUGUAUGAUUUGGCAGAGAAAGCCCUUCAGGGGUUCAGAGUCGUGUUCGACCACACACAGCAUGAUGAGCAAUCUUGCUCAAACUGGAAAAUUGGAGAAGGUCUGCUUUUUCCGAAGCACAAAUAUGCGCCAUGUUGCCGCGAUUUUGAAUUUCCCGGCAAGGCGUACAAGUACAAUCCUGACGAGCCGGACAUUGAACCGCUGAAUACCUCCGGCAAUACCACAAGAGGAACAAAGAAGUACGCCAAGAAGGGCACACCGACUUCAAAUGUCAACGAUACAUCUCUAUAUUCCAAGGUCGAUAAGACGGUUGGAGACUACAACAAAGUUCAACCCGGGGAUGACCGAUACGUGAAGUCACUAGUCAUGAGUCACGCUUUCUACCUCUUCACCAAGGCUUCUCAGAAGCCGUCGUGGGAGCUUAGUGGUAAAGUCUGGUGGAACGCCCUUGCAGCUCUGAACGAGAACGAGCAUAAGUACAUCACUAUCAAGAUGUGGUCGGAGAUUACCCUGGUCGCUGCAGCAGAUGCUUUUGGUGACGACAUUGUCCAGCAGCUAAGAUCAGCUUGGGCGGCGGUGAAUGUUCUUUUUUAA